CAUCCUGCUCCUCACCCCAGACAUUGUCAAAAUGCGUCUCUCAACCAUCAACAUCGCCUUUCUGGCGCUUUCCCUUCAAGUCCACGCAGAUACAUCUCCUCCAUCUCCGGAACCCAUUCAAGUAACCGAACUACCUCUUCCCCCUGUCGUUCCCACCGAUGCUCCAGGCUCCUGCUCCUCCAAAAUCAACCCCCACCACACAGGAUGCAUUGGCAAAACCUCCGUCAUCCAAGGUGGAAGCUUCCUUCCCGAUGGCAACCACGUCACUGUCGCUGUCAACUUCACCGGUGCUCCACCAUCUCCUAGUCCUGGUAGCAUCUACACCGGCACACAGCUGAUCCUCGUCCGGACCAACGGGACGACCUUUUCCAACGGCGAUGCCUGGAAGUGUAUCACCUGCGGUAUCCCAGCGGGCAAUCGAAACGGAAGUAAGGAAAUAAAAGACUAUCCGCAGACAUUUCACGAUGGAAAGCGUUUGCUGGCUGGGUACAACAUCAUCCAGUCGAACGCAGAUCUGGCUAGUGAUGAAUGUACCCCGAAUAACACGUUCAUCUACCCGAUUCGGUGGAACAAUAGACCAGAUGGAUCGGGGAGUGGUGGGACGAUUCGCGAAUUGCGGCUCCAUCCGGAUAAUGUGCAUAUUGGGUUUAAUUCGUUUGGUCAGUCGAAUGGGGUGCUGGAUCAGUUUGGAUACUUUGCGAGGCUGGAGUUCAAUCCUUCGCCCGAGAGAGGAAGUCCACGAGUGCCGCGAUAUGAUCUUGUGGAGGUGACUCGGUUGUUUGAUCCGAAUGCGACGCAGUUUCUCUCCGUCGAUGGAGACCGUCUCGUUAUUAACAAGUCUGCUGUGACUGUUGGUGAAUUCCGGGGCUUCACUGGCCGUGGCGAUGAAGUUACGUAUGUUGGCAAUUCAUGGGAGUCGUCGAAUAUCGAUCUUUUUGCUGCUCAUCUCACCACCGGCAAGGUCCGUCGUCUGACCAGCCAUCCUGGAUAUGCUGAUCCCAUCGAUGUGUCGCCUGAUGGCAAGUGGAAUGUCAUCUUGGAUACCCGCAGUAACAACCGCACGAUGUUCAUGGCGGGAAUGCGCCAUAUCCCAGCCAUUACUGAUCUGGUUUCGACGACGAUUGCAGCGACAAUCAGGAAUAAUGGACCACGUCGGUUCUUCCAGCCGUGGUUGUUGGAUCGAGAUGGCGAUCGUGGGUCUUACUAUGGGCAACAGAUCAAUGCAGCUGGUGAUGGCAGUCCUGGGAGUGCCAAUGAUCCCGAAUGGAAUGCGAUGGCCGAUCCACGAUGGUCUCCGGAUGGCACGAAGAUAGUCUAUUUCCAGGCAUUGACAGUUCCUCCGGCCUGUGGAGGAAGGAAUCCUCUUCCCUGUCCGAAAUCAACUGCGCCUGGUGGACGAGUUUAUCGGCUGAUGCUGGCGACUCUAACCAGUCGUAAUCCUGUCCAUCCAGAGCCAGUCAAGCCGGUUUCUGACAUUGUCCCCUGGGGUGUUCCGUACGAAGCAGGCAGUGAAGCUGCGGCUCGUCCGUAUCCUCCAGCAGGCAACUAUACACUGCAUGGACAAUCAUCCGGUUCUGCUCAUGUCACAUUGGCAAAUGAUCCAACUGCAUCCUUCAUCAACAGUGUUGCAGUCAGCUAUACCAACUUCUCCGAUGAUGGCCUUAACUUCAUCUCCGGGAAUGAGAAAGUCACCAUGACUCCUCUAUCGGUAACACUCCAACAAGUCGACUGGUACUCCAACCUCACCUCCACCGGCAAAUCAAACAGCACCAAAAAGACCAGCCCAGACGGAUUCCACAUCCGCAUGGAUAGCAUGACCAAUAUCUUCAACGCCAACGGGACCUUGACCACCACUGUUGACGGAGUGGUGUAUGAACAGCCCGCCAACGGGACUUAGACUUAGCACUCUGCAUGAAACGGAUAUCUUGGCUUCUCCUUUCUUCAGACAGUAAUUUAGUAAUCCUGAAGUGCAGAUUAACUUGGCAUGUUGCAGCUUCUUCUUGGCUGAAGCGUGUGGGGAUCUGAAGGACCCUGAAACUCGGCUUGUCACCGAGUCGCUUGGCUUUAUUGUACAUAGUAUAUAUAAGUAUCUGUCUUGUCAAGUAAUCUUCGAGUAUAUUCACAUCUACAUUCUUUCUUC